CCCAAAAUUCUGGUGUCUGCUAUGACCCUGUAAGAAAAGUAAAUUUUUAAAAAAGCUUAUUUUUGUAUGCUAGAGUAUAAAAGAGUUAUUAAGUUUUUGGAAUUUUUUACAAAUCUUUUUUUCGUUCCUCUUUAUUUCACGGUUUUGUGAGAAGAGAUGUUCUGCGAAGACUUUGAGUCUCCUGUACAGUUUUGCAUUGGACUGUGCCUGUGAAAAGCAUUUUCGAAGCAUGUCACCUGCCACUUCUGCGAUAUUCAACUUAAUGAUGCCCUGACCUUCAGUUUGUAAAUAGCACGUGUGCAAUUACUUCCUAAUCAGUUUAUCUUGAAACAUAGAGAGGUACUUGGGACGGAACUAUUAACUUAAGAAGUACACCAUCGGGAAGAAAAUCAAGUCAUAAGGAGCAGGCGGUUACUUAAUCAACUUUACAGAAUGUCAUCCACAGAAAAAGGUCAUGCUGCCAGACCAUAUCAGGUUGAAAUACUUCAGCGGGCUAAAUCAGAGAACACUGUUGUAUGUUUAGGAACAGGAACUGGAAAGACUUUCAUCAGUGUUAUGUUGAUCAAGGAAAAGCAAGGUGAAAUAGGAGGUUCAAUCCAAGAAGGAGGAAAAAGAACCUUUUUCCUUGUCAAUACAGUACCACUCGUCUAUCAACAACAAAGAGCUAUUGCUGACCAUACGUCUCUCAAAGUUGGUUUCUAUUCUGGUGAUAUGGGUGUUGAUUUCUGGAAUAAAACUAGGUGGCAAAAAGAGUUCAACGAGAAUGAUGUUUUGGUGCUGACUGCUCAAAUUCUUCUCAAUAUAAUAACACAUGCUUUUAUUAGCUUGCAUAACAUUAAUUUGUUGAUACUUGAUGAAUGCCAUAAUGCAUCUAAGGGCCAUCCUUAUAAUAAAAUCUUGGAAUUAUUCAAAUCAUGUCAACCAGCUCAUCAUCCUCAUAUUAUGGGAUUGACUGCAUCUAUCAUAAACGAAAAGUACAAAAAAGCUAAUGAUGAAAAGACAAUAGAAAAAUUUCUUCAUGGAAAAAUGAAAGCCUUGGAGGGACGUAUGAGAUCAGUUUGUAUCACAUGUGCAGACCCUGAAGCAACUGCUAAAUAUGCAACAAAACCUGUUGAGAUGAUAAAGUCGUUUGAAGAAGGGUUUAGUAUUAACGAUUAUGAUUACGUUGAAGCCAUGAUUCUUAAAGUAUCGGAAAGCCUGGACAAUGCUUAUCUUGAAUUUGAUAGAGAAAAAAAGUUGAAGAAAAGGAUGGUACCUUCAGAUCAGAGAAAUAGAACACCUCCAAACCAGCAAAUUUUAGAUUUAACUUACCAAAAUCUCCUAACUGGUUCUUUUAUGAUGCGUUCUUCUGAUGCCUUUACAAUAGCAGCAGAUGCCGUAAAAUACUGCAAAGAUAUAUUACAAGACCUUGGCCCAAUGUGUGCCUAUGAAGCUGCAAAAAUAUUACUGGGGCAAAUAGAGAAGCACAAAAAGAAAAGGUUUCGUCUUGCACAGCAAGCCACAUUAAAUUCCUGCUCUGAAGCAUUGAAUAGCAUUAUAUCGAAAUAUGAAGAGUGUGUGAAAAGGUCACCAUUCAGCACACCUGAUCAUGUCAUCCCAAUGGAGCCAUUCGUCACACGAAAAGUCCAUGUAUUUUUACGUGAUAUUCUGUGGAAGGAAAGAAACUACUUUAGAGAUACAUAUGACACAGAAAUGCAUGCCAUCAUUUUCGUCCAACGUCGAUGCACUGCUGUUAUAUUAAGCAAGCUGAUAAACUUUCAAGUACAAGCAGAUUUCGAAACUUUUGAAGGUAUUUGGAGUGAUUACGUUCUGGGGCAUGGGUUAGACUCAAAUAUUCAGCUAGCAGACAGUUACAUGAAAUCAAAAGAACAAAAUAAAAUCCUAGAACAAUUCAAGAAGGAAGAGUUUAACAUUUUGGUGGCUACAAGUGUUGUUGAAGAGGGUUUGGAUGUGCGAAAAUGUAAUUUGGUGGUUCGUUUUGAUGGUAUCAACAAUUAUCGUGAGUAUGUUCAAUCCAAGGGUCGGGCUCGUGCUCAAAAUUCGAAAUUUAUUGUGCUGGCAAAAUCAGGAGAAGCACAGGAGAUGAAACGUCAGCUGAAGGUUAUGCAGACGAUCGAAAAGGUUUUAUUUGAAAACUGUCAAAAUCGUGAUUUACCAACUGAGAAGGAGAUUGAGGAAGCAAAUUAUGAUGAAGAAGAAUUACUCAUUCCAACAUAUUUUGGACCUGGUGGAAUGAACGCCGCAAGGAUAACACGUGAUACGGCUGUACCACUCCUUUACAGGUAUUGCUCCAAAUUGCCAUGCGACCAGUAUACAAAUACAAAUCCAAUUUUUGAUUUCUAUCAACGCGGACUUUCUGAUGAUCGGGAAUUUCAAGCUAAAUGUUCAAUGCCGUUGAACUGUCCUCUACAAGAAAGAAGUUAUGAAAGUAAUUGGAUGCCCUCGAAAGAUCUCGCCAAGAAAUAUGUGGCUCUCUGUGUGUGUAAGAAACUGCAUGAAGCUGGGGAGCUGGAUGACGAGAACCUUUUGCCUGUUAAACACAAUGUAGACAGUGAUGAAAGCGAGGAAGAUGAAAGCGAUGUAAAAGAAGGAACGAGAAAAAGCAGAGCAGUUUAUAAUCGUAAGGUGCCCAACUCCCUAACUGAUUCGUCCGCUUUUAACAUCCAUGAUUCUGACCUAUAUGCGAUUACAAUAAGACUGUCUGAACCGUCAACCAAGCCGAAUGCUGUACCUCUAUGGCCUUUGUGGUAUAAUGAGGACAACCGCUGUUUUGGCAUAUUUUUACCAAAGGGUGUUCCCAAGAUACCUGCUUUUGAAUUAUUCACAAAAGCUGGCACGUUGAAUGUUGAGUUGUUCAAAUUGGACAACACUACAUCGUGUGAUCAAGUUUUAGUCAAACGCUUCCAUAAAAAGAUUGUAUCAAAGUGCUCUGCAGAAUAUGUUACUGGCAAUCCACUUUUCAACAUCCACGAUAAAACUGUAACGAAAGGAUUACUUACUGUGUUGCGGCCAUGGGUGAGCUCCUGUAUCCAUAGUGAUAGACGUCCUUACUCAAAUAACGAUGAAUUUGUUGACACCAGUGAAAUGCAUUUGAUUCUUGGUGAUGGAAUGAAAAGUAAUGAAAAAGCUGUUUCCGAUAUCAGCUUUAAAAAUGCCGUCAUACGGAAAACUUACCUACCCGAACCGCAAGGUAGACGUCAAUAUUAUGUACUUGGUAAUUCUGACGUCAAACCACGCGAAGUUAUGGAAGGAAGCACGAAGACAUAUGAACAGUAUUACCUUGAGAAAUACCAGCUUGUUAUUAAUCCGAAUGACUACCUCUUGGAUGUUGUAUCAUGUGGAACAAAGAUUACCUUCGCAAAGGAGAAAAACAACACAGAUAGCAAGAAACAGAAGACAUCUCAUAAAGAGCUACUUGUUCCAGAGCUGUGUGUUAAAGCAAGUGAAUUGCCAGCUGACCUUCAUUUACAAUUGAAUGUGCUACCUUUCUCCUUGUAUUACAUGGAAUACUUUUUAUUGGCAUUGCAGUUAAAGGAAGAAAUCGCUGAAAAAAUAAACAUAUCUACUGAAGAAAAAGAUUUUCGGUUUCCAGAAAUAUCUGCUCUUCCUCGCGAAACCGACGUGCUUAAUUAUAUUCUCAGGCUUCGUUGUGAUGUUAAAACAUCUCCGUCUGCCGUGAGUGUGCUUGAGUGUUUAUCAACGCGACAGGCAAAGAUGAAUUUUGAUUUGGAGCGAUUAGAAAUGCUGGGAGACUCGUUUUUAAAGCAGGCUAUCACGAUUUAUUUGUUUUUUAAAAAUCCACAAUAUCACGAAGGGAAGUUAUCAUCAAAAAGAAAAAACUGCAUCAGCAAUAAGAACCUGUCUAGGAUAGCAAAAGAUGUGGGAUUGCCAAGCUUCAUUUGUAAUUCUCAGUUUGGUUGCAUGAACACAGAAAGCAAAAACCAAAAUCCGAGGACUGUAUGGCUACCUCCAGGACACGUGCGAGCAGUCGAUGCAAUGGUGUCAGACGAUAUAAUGGAGGCUGAGGGUGAUGAUCUUGAUUGUUCUCUUUAUGAAAGGUCUUUGCCAUAUCAUGAAGUACAAGAUAAAUCUCUGGCCGAUUGCGUUGAGGCUAUGAUUGGUUUGUAUUUGAAAACAGGUGGUGUGAAUCUAGCAUUAAAGUUCAUGCAGAAAUACUUAGGCCUUAAUGUUUUGUACAGAGCAAUAACCAACACAGAUCAAUGUAAAGUACAAAAUGGAACACAAAGCUGCUAUGCUGAUUAUCCACUUGCUGCGUCAGCUAUAAUGAGACCUGGUGCAACAGAACACGAUAUCUCUCAGCUCUAUAAUCAAGGAAAGUUUUUAAGAUUCGAAGAUAUAUUGGGUUAUAGCUUCACAGAUAAAUCUUACCUUGUUCAAGCCAUGACGCAUCUUUCUUACAUAGCGAAUGACAUCACAGGUUGCUAUCAACAAUACGAAUUUCUCGGCGACUCCAUCUUGGAUUUUCUAGUCACGCUUCAUGUUUACAUCAAACGACCAGAAUUAUCACCAGGAGAAUUAACCAGCAUUAGAUCUGCGCUUGUGAAUAACAACACGUUCGCCUUGCUGGCUGUUAAACAUGAUUUCUACAAGUUCUUACUGCAGUGGGAGCCGGCGUUAUUUUCGGCGUACGACGAAUUUGUCAAAUUGAUUAUUGAUAAUGAUGUGGAUAACGAAGAUGGAAACCUGGAAGCUUAUUUUAAAAACCCCUUUGUGAUCGUACCAUCCGGUUCAGAGGUGGGUUAUCACGCUCCAAAGGUGUUAGGUGAUUUAUUUGAAUCAGUUGCUGGAGCCAUCUUUUUGGAUUGUAAUUUGAGCUUGGAGACUGUUUGGGAAGUAUAUUAUCCGAUUUUACAGCCUGUUGUUGAUCGAUAUCUAGAAAAUAUUCCUCUUAACCCUGCACGUGAGUUAAUGGAGAAGUACACCGGUGUGGAAUUCAGGUACACAACAACUGAUGACGGUGUGACGUGUCAGGUCGAACAUGACGGUCAACGAGAAAGUGGAAUUGGAAAGAAUAAAAAAAUUGCCAAAUCAACUGCAGCAAGAAGAGCUUUGGACAGAUGGAAGAAAUAAAAUGUUGGAAACAUCUGGCUCUUAAAUUAGAGUUAUUUUAAUAUUUUACAAAAAUUAUGAAAUACUUUUCGCAAGAACUAAUUUUCGUGACCUCCCAAAAAAUUUAUUCUGCUACAAAUAAUCCCGACAUACAAAUUAGCGAUAUGUGGGUUAGUGAGGCCAGGAAUAUUGACAAAAUAUAUCAGAAUUGUAUAUACAAAUGAAAUUUUAAUAUUAAUUGUAUUUAUAUGUAUAAAUAAACCCUUUUUGACAUGCCAGACGAUAAACGUUCAGUUAUGAACAGUGUCACAUAACAUCUACACAACUUCGUUCUUAGU